CUAAAAUACCCUCAAAACUCGGAAAACUCUUUCUGCGCCUCUUCGAUUCCUCUCCUUGCCCUAGUUUCUCCGCCUCGGCCUCAUCGGCUCUUGUCGCCGGACCACGUGCCGAUCUCACCGCGAUUUCGGCAAAAGAGAUGAUAAGUGAUAAUGAAAAACAAAUUAUAGCAUGGUGGCAUAAACAACGUUCGGUCGCAGUUGUAGCAGCUUGUUACCAUUAUGUAGAAACAUUGAAAUUACUGAAGCUAUAUUAUGACUCUCAUAAGGACGUUGAUAAGCCAUUGGAAGUAUGUGAUGAAGCAAGUCCAUUUCGAGACGAUUCAGCAUCUAGCAAGAGCAAGAGGAAAAGAUCGUCCCUAGAUGAGAAUAUUGAGCAGAGGCUCCAAGAGAGUGAAGCUAGACUGAUUCGAUUAGCAAAUGCAAUUGAACAAGGGAAACUGAUAAUUGAGAAUGUUGAAGAGGAGUUCCCACCUGACAAGAUCUUUGCAGAACUAGAAAGAUUACAAUUCAAUCCUUCAAAGAUUGUUGAUGCAUACAUGCUCUUAUGCUUUGAUAAAGCUAAGGCAAGGAUUUUUUUUGAAGCUCCAGAUGCCUAUCGAUUGGAUGUCAUUCAUAAGUUGAUGUCUAGCUCUGAAAAACACAACCCAUUUUUUUGCAUGAACAAGCUUGGCAAAGACUAGGCUUGGAUGCUUGUUUACAGACUCAGUCAAUGGCAACAUAAAUUUUGUAACAUUGUUUAGCAAAUAUUGUAUUUUUGAAUUUUUGAGAUGUUAUGGUUUCUGUCACCUUUUGCAGUUUAUGUGAAGUUGUGAUGAGUUUCUGUAAGCUGAUGGUUAAUUUCUGAUGUGAAUGUGCAUUGUGAUUUAUUUC